AUGCGCUCUUUCAUUGCUACCUCCGUCCUCGUCGGACUCGCGUCCGCUGCCGCCGUACCUGUUGUUGCUCCCCGUGGCGGAGACGGCUAUGGUCAUGGCCAUGAGCACAGCAAGUUCAACGUCCAAGUCGGCGUCCGGCCUUACUAUCUCGUCGACAACAUGGACGAGAGUCCGUUGAAGGAGAAGCUGGAGAGCUGCUCGGAGCAAGAGUUCAAGACCUCGGACUUUGUCCUUGCGCAUCGUGGAGCGCCGCUUCAAUUCCCUGAGCACACUCUUCAGAGCUACAAGGCUGCGCACCGCAUGGGUGCUGGCCUGAUCGAAUGCGAUGUCGCUUUCACCAAAGACAAGCAGCUUGUCUGCCGCCACGCCCAAUGUGACUUGCACACGACGACGAACAUCCUCAACACUACACUCGCCGAAAAGUGCACGACCCCCUUUUCGCCCGCCGCCAAUGGCACUGCUGCGUCGGUCAAGUGCUGCACCUCGGACAUCACUUUGGAGGAGUUCGGUACCCUAUGCGGCAAGAUGGAUGGCUUCAACCCCAACGGCACCACGGUAGAGGAAUACAUGGACGGCACACCCUACUUCCGUUCCGACUUAUACGCGCAAGACUGCCCCAAGCUCAUGACGGUCGACGAUUACAUUCCCCUGGUCGACAGCUGGGGUCUGAAGUACGCGCCCGAGCUCAAGACCCCCGAGGUCGAGAUGCCUUUCGAUGGAUACACACAGGAAGCGUAUGCUCAAGAUCUGGUCGACAAGUUCCGCGAGUACGAGAUCGAUCCGAGCCGUGUGUGGCUGCAGUCUUUCCUGCCCGAUGACGUCUUCUACUGGAUCGAUAACGAGCCUGAAUUCGGAAUUCAGGCUGUCUAUCUCGACGAGCGCGUUGAUACUCCCGAGGGCUACGCCAAUGCCACUGCCAGCAUCCCUGAGCUCGCUGCUCGUGGCGUUAAGAUUAUGGCGCCCGCUAUGUUCGCUCUCACCAAGUUGGACGACGACGACAAGAUUGUGCCGUCGGAGUAUGCUAUUGCUUGCCAGGAACACAACUUGGACAUCAUCGCGUGGUCAUUUGAGCGCUCUGGAUGGUUGCAGAUCGAUGGUGGUGGAUACUACUACCAGUACGUUGCCAACCGGACCAACAACGAUGGCGACAUGUACGACGUGCUCGACGUGCUUGCCAAGGAUGUGAAUAUCAUAGGUAUGUUCUCAGAUUGGCCGGCCUCAGUAACCUACUAUGCCAACUGCAUGGGGUUGUAG